UGGACGAUACGUUAUGGAAGCCAGUCUGGAUAUAGGGAUGUAGCUUACAGGAUGACGCCGCCUCGCAGCUGUCGUUUUCUCGCCUUUCUUUUGUACUUCUACGUGCGGGGAAUAUCCAGUAAAUCCAUCGCGGAACAUGGACCACUGGAGGUUCAGGUCAGAGUUCAAGUCUUUGACAGCAGUGACCUGUCACCCCUGUCGCGCGCCUUCAUCACGGUCCACGGCAACCAGAGCGUGCUGGCGUCCAGCGAGGCAGGAAGUGAUGGCAUGCUCGUGGUCAGCUUCGAAUACCGGCCGGGCACCGUGGUGAUCAUCACAGCCUCCAAGCAGGAUUACAUCACCAACUCCGUGCCCUGGCAUGCCAACCGCAUCCCUUUGUAUGCAUCUGUGAGUCUGUACCUGCUUGCUGAGAGGCCAGGCACCCUCCUCCUCUAUGAUGACAUCAUCCAGGUGUUCCGUGGUUCCCCAGGGGUGCGGAACCAGCCUCGUGUGCAGCUGCAGCGGCGCGCGCUGGCGCUAAACUCCUCCUACGCCCACGUGUCGGCCGUCCUCACUACCACCAUGGCGCACGACGAGCUGGCCAGCUUCCCCUACCUGCUGGGGGUGGAGCUCAACAGCACAGGAGUGGAGAGUGACUGGACGGAGCUGACGGCAGUGGCGGCGGUGAGCGUCCAGCUGUUUGACCGCGAGGGCCGAGCCGUGCCGGUCACUGAGCCGUUCCACAUGUCCGUCCCCCUGCCCUCCGACUCACGCCUCCGCAGCCCCACCAGCAUACCUGUGUGGGUCUACCACGGCAGCACAGGUGUGUGGCUGCGGAAUGGGACCGGCUACAUCAAGAGAGAAGGGACACAGCUCACCUGGGAGUUCAUGGCCUCUAAGCUGGGAUACUGGGUGGCGGCUUUCCCCUCUGCUGCAGGGUCCGGUCUGGGUCACCCGGGGCUGCGUGACAUCACGGCGUACCACACGCUCUUCCUACUGUCCAUCCUGGCAUCGCUCGCCCUGCUGGUGCUCGUGCUCCUCUGCGUCCUGCUCUACUACUGCAGGAGGCGCUGUCUGAAGCCGCGUCGUCAGCAGGGUAAACUCCAGAGCUCUGCGGGUCUGAGCGGGGCGCGGCGAGACCAGGGCACCUCCAUGUCCCGCCUCAACAUCAUCUGCGGCGGGCACCCCGAGCCUGGCACGUCCAGCGGCGACCAGGACGCCAUCCGCUCCGACGCCUCGCCCUCCCGGGACCACAAGAGCGCCCGCGACGACUUCUCCAAGCACGUGCCCGCGCACAAGCUGCGCCACUCCAAGAGCAAGGGCUCCAAGGGCGCGGGCAAGGGUGCGGGCAAGGGCGCGGGCAAGGGCGAGAGCUUCCCUAUGAAGGUGCACCGCGCCACCGAGACCGUCUCGCUGGAGCCGCCCGCCAUCCGCGACGAGUACGGACGCCCCUAUGGCGCCAGCGAGGACAAAGAGCACCGCAGGAACGCCAACGCCAACGACAACCGCGGCUACACCUCGGAGCCGCCGUCCCCGCCGCCCGACAAGCCUCCGGAAUAUUCCCAGGUGUCCCAGGCCGCGGACCACCUGGCCCGGCCCACCUCGCUCAACACGCAGCCGGGCCAGAUCAUCUUCUGCAGCUCGCUGGACCAGAUGAAGGAGAACAUCUACCGCAGCAUGGUGCCCACACUGGUCAUCCCCGCCCACUACAUGCGCCUGUCCUCCGAGUUCGGCUCGGGAGAAGCGGGCAAAGACGGGCAGCCCAUGUCGGAGCGGGACAAGGACGGGCAAGGAGGAGCCAUGGGCGGGAGCCACCAGGGGCAGGGGGCGCAUCAGCAGGCGCAGCACGGAGGCUCGUCGCCGGACGACUCGGAGGGCAGCAGCUGGGCGUCCACGGGUCCGGGCGGCUCGGUCCACAUCCCGGUGCUGUUCAACGACUCCACCAUGGCGCAGAUGAACGGCGAGCUGCAGGCGCUGACGGAGAAGAAGCUUCUGGAGCUGGGCGUGAAGCAGCACCCGCGCGCCUGGUUCAUCUCCAUGGACGGCCGCGCCAACGCGCACGUGCGCCACUCCUACAUCGACGUGGGCUCCGCCUCCGAGCUGGGCGCGCACGCCAUGAUGCACAUGUCCUCGCACUCCACCCCCACCACCCUCUCCACCUCCACCCACAACAGCAGCACCCAGCAGCCCAGCAGCAGCAGCAAAGACUGCAGCCCCGACACGCUGUCGCAGGAGAGCCAGGACCGCCUGGAGCGCAAGCCGCUGUCCUACUCGUCCGGCCCGCGCAAGAGCAAGGACAACGGCAAGGACGAGCGCUCGGGCACCGGCCACCGCAAGGGUCACGGCAGCGCCGGCGGCGGCGGGGUCAAGCCCUACUCCAAACUGGCCUAUCAGGACGCCCUGGAGCUGAGCGGGGGCGUGGCCCGCAUGGGCGCCAGUUCUCCGCUGGAGAACCCGCUGACGCCGCUCCUGGACGAGGGGCCGGACGACCCCCGGGGGUCACCCAUCGCCCGUAAAGGUCGCAGCCGCGGCAACAGCUCGCGCAGCAGCAACAACAGCGAGUCGCGGCGCGAUUCCAUCACCAGUCCCGAAGACGACCCUGACGACAAGGACGGGAACAAGAAGAGUCCAUGGCAACGGCACGAGGAGAGGCCGCUCAUGGUGUUCCACCCCAAGAAAUAAAGCAUCGCCAUGGAGACAAAAGGUCACUCUGGGAUCACACAGGGUCACUAUUGACAUUUAAUCUUCUCUCUUUUCACUGAUGAGACCAAGCCACGAAGAGAAGCUGGACUUUUUCUGAAGCAAGCCUUGAGAUGAAGUCCACACAAGCACAACUAAUCCACUACCCAACUGUAAGGUCAAAAAAAGAAGCUUCAGGAAACAUUCACAGUCAGCCACCAAGAUUUUGGAAACAUCACAACCACAUCUCCCCUCCUGCAGGCUAGUCCUACUCUUCCCUUUUGGAAACAUCACAACCACGUUUCCCCUCCUGCAGGCUAGUCCUACUCUUCCCUUUUGGAAACAUCACAACCACAUCUCCCCUCCUGCAGGCUAGUCCUACUCUUCCCUUUUGGAUGUACACAUGCACUGCAAUGAAGCACAAAAUGGAAGCUGUUUCUCCUUGCAUCAGGACAUGUAAACGAAUCUCAAAGGCUACUUUGUUUCAGUGAUCCAGUGGUGUUUUAAUCAACGGUGACUAAACAUUGCCAUCAGUGAUGACCCUCACAGACAGUGUGGAAGCCAGAGGAUGACCUUUGUUGUUCUGGAGAAGACUAGAGAAGAUUUUUCACUUGUUUUGGGAAGACCCACAUUUGAAAUACAUAAUUGAAAUGCAGUAUAAUAUAUAGCUAUCCCCAAAAAACGUUCCUUCUCUAAACAUAUACACAGCAUCCCAUGCCAAGGUUAACAUUGUUUUGUCUCUGUGUGCCUACGUGCAUAUUUGUAUUAAUUCGUUGUAGUUGCUUCAUUUCAUUUUGGUACACACCUCAAUCUCCAAUAUACUGUAGGUGUCUGUAUUUAUUGAGAAUUAUCUUUGAAUGGUAUUUGACAGAAUUCAAAACUGCAGUCUCACAGAAGAGUCUUUGAGUUUGGCAUGUGUUUUGGGCUGAGCUGAGUUGUCUGUGACUCUUUGAGGUUGUCUUGUGCUUUUUUCAAGGUUGUCACUUUUCCUGUUUGAAAUAUAGCUGGCUGCUGCACUGGUGUUAUAUGAAUCUAUGAGUCGCGUCCCCUCUUGCAGAUGAUGGAUUAGAGGCAUGACAGUACGCACUCAAAGCUCCUGGGAUGAAUCCUGAAGGCGGCUCCACUAGAGACCCCGAUAGAUCUGUUAAACAGGUCUGGUCCCCGUCUACGCAAGAUCUGUUCCAGAAUAUAGAAGCUAGACAGAGUGUGUGAUACAGGUGUAGCUCGCUGUUUUUGUUAUUGAAAGAGGAACUCUUCUCUAAUGUAGUUUUUAAGGGAAACACUUCUAGACUUAUGUAGUUUUUAAGGGAUUGGAUUGGUAUAUACAGUACAUACUGUAGAAAGAGUGCCAAUGAGAUGUUUUGGCAUGAAGAAUCACUUUUUCAUUUUAUUAUAUUUUCUAGUUCUGAAAAAGGUAAACAAACAUAUUGCAAUCACAGGAAACUGAACAGAGAUGCUUAAAAUGCAGAAGAGUCGUAGGGGAACAUCAGUUUUCCCCUGUUGCAUCAGAAUUGCAUCAUUUUGUCUCUCUAGUGUUUUGACAACACAAACGGCAGGCAACACCUUUCGAAAGUUUUUGUACUUUAAUUAAUCUCUCAUAUUCACAGACAACUUUCCUACGAGUUCAUCAGCUCAGAGCAUUUACCGCAAACUUCCUUGUCACUGAUUGUUUGCGUUGGGAUGCACGUCCAUACUGUAAUGGACUCUACGGUUUAAAUGAUGAAUGUAUAAAAAUGAAACCAAUCCAAACAACCCGCCUGGCCACAGAUCUCUCUGGAAGUGCCUUGGUCCCACACACACCGCCGGGAUGGAGGGGCACGGAGAGGAGAGGAGAGGAGGCACGAGGAGAGGACCAACACCUUCUGCACUUAAGACACGCGUUUACCAGAUGUGUUAUGGCCGUCGUGGUACAGAGAGGACCAACACCUUCUGCACUUAAGACACGCGGUUACCAGAUAGGAUGUGUCAUGGCCGUCGUGGCACUUUGGCUAUGUGUGACUAUGGAGGCAAAGAACGGCUAAUGUGUACCCAUACUUUAUUAGGCAUAAGCCUGGGUGUGUUGUGUCUGGACGACUUAUUACAAUGCAUCACACUAAUGCAAAUGCUAACUAUCAGUAUAGUGUUUGUCUUUAUAACUGAGCUGAGUGACACUGUACUUCACAGUUUUUAUUUACAUCGUGACAAGGGAUAGGCAAACAAAAGCUUGCCCCAACGUUUUAUUUAUAUUAGACAUAAACCUUGCUGUGAUGUAUCUGGAAUGUUGAGUACAGUGUAACAGACACAAAUAUUAGUGUAAUGUUUUGCUUUGUAACUUAAUUUGUUACCCUGCACUUGAUAAUCUACUUACUUCAAGGAGUGACAAAGGGGUAUGCAAUUGAGAGAAUGACACAAACCUUUUUUGCCAUAUCGUAGCUUUUGGUCGCGCCUGGUAUUGACGUAGAUAGCAGAUGACUGUGUGCUCAGUGGAGCAGGGCUAGGCCUGGGCCAGAUCUGGCCCACGUUAGCGCCGGAUGUGGUUCAAGGCUAGCUGCUGUCCGGGGUAUUAUAGAUGUGCUCAGAUGUGCCCUUUGACCUCUGUCGCAUCGCUUAGCCAUUGUGAGUCUCAAGAAUAGAAUGGGGCGGAAAAUGCCAACUGGUGGGAACACGCUUUGCUGUUCUGGGACUCUGUGUAUAUGUAUCAUAGAUUAUAUGUGCAUGAUAUAGGCCGCUGUGUGUACAGUAGAGUAGGAUCUGAUCAUCAGGCAUCGUUGUGUGGUGGAGGCGUUCUUCUGCAUGGUGGUGGAGGCCACAGUUAUGUCACAUCAGCAGCUGCACUGAGUUCAGUUGCCCGAGUACUGAAAUGUCCCCAAGUACUGAAAUGUCCCCAAGUACUGAAAUGUCCCCAAGUCAGGAUGCCAAGUUUAAGUGGAGGAGUCCUUCUGAAGCCAUUGAUUUUUUUGUCCCCGAGCUCCCUCACCCUCUCAAACAAACAUGUUAAGGACAACAUCUUCAGACAUUUUAAGUCCGACGGUGUGUGCUUCUGAAGACUAAUGUCGAUAUUCAUCACUGCCAGUUACAUUUCAGUACUGUGAACUCCAUGUGGAUCCUCUCCAGGUGUUUAGUCCUUCCCAGAUGUUCACUUGUUUCUUCUGGUAAUUUCUUCCUCUGAUUGUUUACUGAUUGUUUUCUCUCUCUCCUCUCUUUCUUUCACUCUCUCUCUCUCUCACUAUCUGUUUCUUCCUUCCCUCUCUCUGUUGGUGCUGAACUUGCAGGGAUGUGUGCAGUGUAAACACACCCUUUGAUAAUCAUCUGAAAAUGCAAUAUGAUGUCACCCAAACCGAUGACUUUGUUGAACUUCACCAUGGAUGCUUUUAUGGGUAGCGUUUAGGGGGGGUAGCUGGACAAAACGUCCCUUGUCAUUUCUACUGUAGCUGGUAGCGUGAGUAGUCUUGAGGAUCUGCUUGAGGAGAUCUGCUGAAUUUCUACCAAUCAUUUCUUACCUGGGAUGGAGAGCCAGCACUGUGUCUGAGAACUCCUCAGAACCCCAACCUCUUCCUGGAAGGCCUCUUCAGUAAGCUCGCAUAUUUCGGGUGGAACGUCAGCUGUGUUGUGGUGGCUAUUAUCGCUUUAGUGUUCCCUGUUUACGCAGACCCGGUUGGGUGUGGCACAGAGUUAAUGAAGAUGUUAAGACGCUGAAGGAUUUAUGUGUUGAAUAAAGAGUUGCCAUGUUGGACAUCAACAAGAUGCUUAUUGUCCAAGUGAGCACGAAAGGCGCGGAACAUAACAGAAGGUGCCGUUAGAACACAGCUGACCCUCGACUGGAGAUAUACUGUAGGAGCUGGCUAAAGAGCUGUCUGUGGCAUAUAGUCCAUCCCCUCAGAGCACCAGUACGGAGUGCAGAGGACUGUGGAAGCUCACAGUGUGUUCAUAACUAUGGACACCUGCGUCUGGCCCAGUAGCCCUGGCCUGGAAUCCAGCCAUGAUUCUGAAAGCUGGAUCAUACCGUUACAUCAGCUUUCACUAUGAUAAUGAUGGUCUUGAUAAACCCCAUUGCCCAACCUAACAAAUCUGCAUCACUGGCAGUGAGCUGUAAAAACGCUUUUGUAAUUCCUAAUACCAGACUGACUAUGUACAGAAGUGCAUCAAAUAUUGUUAAAAACAAACAAACACAAUUCCAUAUUAUGACCUCAGAGUUAAAACAAUCACGGUCAUUUUACACCAAAACCUCUUUUCAUAUUUGAAUCAAAUGAACCAUCAUUAGUAAUCAACUAUGUCACAGUCAAACUGCAUCACUAUAAUUUGGUCUCUCUCUCUCUCACACAAACACACACACACACACACACAAUUUGCACAUCAGUGUGUGUCCGUCUAGUAGCCUUGACCCACCACUGCACGUUCCAUUCCACAAAGGUGUUACGAUGCCACUUGUCCAACCAGUGUAUUUCUGAAGCACUCUCCACUGUGUUUUGCACAGUUGAAAUGCAGGCAUGCAGCAAUCGAGCUAUGAUGCUCCAUGAGUAGGUUUCCAUCACAUUUAUUAGUCUGAGACGAAUUACUCACUCAGAAAGUACUUAGAGACCUCAAAAUGCUCCCCAUUGGAAAAUAAACUAAAUAUACCUUAUGGGUUCAUUAUCACAGAGCUUGACGUAGGCAUCUCAUGAACAGGAAUCAUGGAGUGGGUUGGGUUUCACUUCCACCAACUCUGAGAAUGAUUGACAGGCCAUCACUUGAAAUCCCCUGUAUUGUUCUCCCGAUGACUGACAGGUCCUACAUCCUCGUGCACAUGGUGUACUUUGUUGAGCUACAGUAUGUGAUGUGGUUGCGGGUGACCUUGUGAUGUGGUUGCGGGUGACCUUGUUUCCCAGUAUGUAAGUAGGUUUGUUUGGAUGGCAUUUUCAUACUAUGUUGUUGUGGCUAUAGUUUGCCUAAAAAAUUCAGGACGAAAAAAUAAGCCAUUUCACUUGUUGACUGGUUGGCUUAAAGUAAUGGGAUUCUAUUGAAAUUUUAAGUGAGAAGAUAGAAUAAAUAAUUCAUUGAUAAGCAUUCAGUGAAAACUAUAUAGCCUAAAUGUUUGUAAAAAAAAAUAUGAUAUAAGUUAUGGCAUUU